AUGGAGGCGCUUGGAGUCGCAGCCAGUGUUAUCGCUGUCGUUGACAUUUCAGUCAAAUUACUACAGGUCUGUUCCAAUUACGCCAAAGAGAUAAAACAUGCAGAGGCCGAAAUCAAGGAUCUGCGGCACGAAGUCGCGAAUCUACAUGACACUGCUACCAAAGUGAAAACUCUCAUCGAAGGUCCUCAAGGUGCUAAGCUCACAGCAUCACAAGACUUUGCCCAUAUAGUCAAGGAAUGUUUAGACAUCUUAACUGAAGUUGGCAGGAAACUUCAGCCUUCCUCCAAAAGAGGUUUCAGACGAUUGGGUUUCAAGUCGUUGAAAUGGCCCUUUCAAAGUGAAGAUGUCCAUCGUACUAUUGGACGUAUCAAUAGAUGUCACAAUUCACUGUCGCUUGUACUUCAAGUUGAUGGAAUUGCACUUCAGCCUGAAGCUGGUCUCAAAUUAGACAACGUGGGGACUCAAAUCAGCAAAGCACACUCGAAGCUUGAUAAAUUCGAUGACAGUGUGAUCCCGUCUACACUUCCAAAUGCCGCUAGCGCCGCCUACAAUUCUCAAGCAGAGGAAGAAAACAGCUUUUGUCUCAAAGCCACUCGUUCUGAGCUCUUGCAAGACAUAGACGAUUGGUUCAACGAUGACAAGACUGAAACCAUCUUCUGGUUACAAGGCAUGGCCGGCACUGGCAAGUCAACUAUUGCUCGCACAGUAGCUAAACGCUGGGACGAGCAAAAUUGUCUUGCGGCUAGCUCUUUCUUCAAAAGAGGUGGCGGUGAUCGUGGAAAUCUGUCUUGCUUUUACACCACCAUCGCUUCGCAGUUAGCCACCUGUAACCCUAGCCUCGCCUCAAGCAUCAAAUUAGCUAUCGACCAAGACUCAUUUGUAACAUCCAAGAUGGCUGAGGAGCAGUUUGAUAAGCUGAUACUUCAACCUAUUCUGAGAAUGCAGCAGUCGAACAAACAAACCAUCGUAAUUGUGAUCGAUGCCUUGGAUGAGUGUGAUGGAGACGAAAGUAUCAGGCGACUCAUUAAUUUUUUUACUCGUAUGAAACUCGCCUCAAACGUCAGUGCCAGGGUGCUCAUAACGAGUCGACCUGAAUUACAUAUCCGACUCGGUUUUCGUGCUGUUAUUGGAAGCUAUCAAGACUUUGUUCUCCACGAGAUACCACAGGACAUUAUCAAACGGGACAUUCGCAUCUUUUUCACGGAAAAGUUGGACAAAACCCUCAAGGAGUACAACGUCUUGGUGGAAGAUCACAGAAAGCUUCCGGACACAUGGCCCGGUCCCGAAAAGACAGAAGCCCUCGUUGAGAAGGCACGCAGAAGCGCAAGUCCCGAUGCCCAGCUGCAGAAAGUUUUGGCGUUUGAGACAAAAAGUCAGGAAUCAAAGAUGAAUGCCACAUACCAACCGACACUUGAACAGCAAUUGGAAGACCUUUCGUUACGAGAACAAGAUGAGGUUGUUGCGAAUUUCCAUCAGGUCGUGGGUACUAUUAUACUCCUUGAAACGCCUUUGUCAGUUCCUGCUCUGACCAAGAUUAUCGAUGUGUCUGAAGACAGUGUUUACCACAGGUUGGACGUGCUUCACUCUGUUUUGAAUUACCCCAAGACGACCGAAACGCCGAUAAGGAUGCUUCAUUUGUCAUUUAGAGACUUCUUGCUUGAUCCGGAGAAGAAGGGAACCAACAGGUUCUGGAUCGAUGAGGAGGAAACUCAUAAUCGAAUCGCUUCCGGUUGUCUCCGUAUCCUUAACUCCAGCUUGAAAGAAGAUAUUUGCAAUCUUGUGGCGCCGGGGACUAGCCGCUCUAGAGUUCCUGAGAGCCGUAUAGCGUCCUGCAUCUCUGCGGAUUUGGAAUAUGCGUGUCGCUACUGGGUAAUUCACCUGGGCAGGGCUCCACAGUCUGCGUCCAUUUCGGCAGAUGUCUUAUUGUUUCUUGAGCGCCAUCUUCUUCAUUUCUUGGAGUGUCUCAGCCUAAUCGGACGUCUACCGGAAUUGUAUGGUAUGAUAUCUAUAUUACAAGGAAGCAUGAGAGAAACCAAGAGCCCCAAGCUUUCGAAUCUUCUCAUCGACGUCCACCACUUUGUUCAAAUGAAUUUCACAAUAAUCGACCAGCACCCUCUUCAGUUCUACUCUUCGCUAUGCUGCACUAUCCCAUCUGAGAGUCUGUUGCAUCCUAUCUUUACCAAAAACAGACCUGCCUGGAUACUUCGACUCGCUGUUCCAUCGACUGACUGGGAUCAAUAUCAACAUGUCUUAGAAGGUCAUAAGGCCGCAAUUAUAGGGGGCUCGUUCUCUCCAGACAACACACAUAUGGUAUCCCUUUUAGCGGAUGGCAACUUAAGAGUCUGGCACCUGGAUACCGACGAGUGUAUCAGGGAGCUUUGGAUUGGAGAAGUCUCACCACACGGCGGAAUACCAGUCACCAUAACGGACAAGCCAUUUUGGAUUUCCACAACGAUUGAACAACAACUGCGCCUCUGGAGUGGAGAAACAGCCGAGUUGGUUGGGCAAUAUGAAUCAUCGUCAUUGUUGCCACAAGGACCACAGUUUUUACCAUGCGCCCAAUACUGUGCUUUCAUAGACAUUUCAAAUCAUGUAGUCGUGCUUCAUAUAAAGUCCAUCAGUAACCUACGCCACGUCGUUCUUCAAGACUCUCAGCUUCUCCAUGAGGGCCCAUAUACAACAAGAAGGGAACUUGAAUCCUCCCCGGACUCCAAACAUCUGGCUGUAUUUUCGCGUGAGAGAGACGGUCAAUCAUUCGUAUGGGAUAUACCGUCCGGCGUCUGCAUCCAGAAGUACAAUAACUCGACAAUAGCUGAACACAUCGACAGGACGCACAUAUUUCAAGUAAUUUCAGUUGCACUUUGCGAAAAUGAUUCCAUUAUGGUGGCCUAUGGGAUUGAUGAGGAAAAAACCAUUUGGAUUCGAGUUCUGCCAUCUGGAGAAUUCAUUCAGGCUCUGAAUGGCCACGCAGGCAUUCCCAACAAUGCCAGGUUUUUGAAGAAAUGCACCAUUCUUGGAUCGAGCUGCCUGCAUGGUGAAUUCAGGACAUGGAACAUCGAAACAGGGCAAUGCCUGACACAGUUCCUGCCAUUUGCUUUAUCUUUCCACAUCUUACCUUCUCCCAACUAUCAAAUGGCCUGCAUGUUUUUCAAGGCACAAACCAUUCGCCUCAAAUCGAACUCACAAAGAGCAUUGCCUGUGAAGGUGAAGAAUGACGAGGAUUCUAUGAAGCGAGCCGCAUUAUUCGAUGUUAUACUCUCCAAGAAUAAAAGCCUCUUGGCUGUGGUCUACGAGUCAGGAAUGAUUGGAAUCUGGGAUGUGACAGAACCAGGGAAUUAUCGGUUCAGUGACAGAGACGAUAUUGAGGACCAUGGUCGUACAUGUCUAUCAAUCUUCGAUACCGAGAAAGCUGAGUUAGUUGUAUGGAUCAAGCACCGAAACCGAAUCCGUCGAAUCGUGGAUAUUGGCCCCCGCUCAGAGCUAUUUGCGUUCUGGGAAACUGAUUUAAGUUAUUUUGGCUUCCACCAGCAAUUCGACCAAAAGGGCACCAAAGUGAUGCCGGUCAUUUUGUUGAAGUUUCUGGAUCGACUGUCAUGA